CACACACCUUAAUAUAUAUAAAUUAAUUAAAACAGUUUAGGGUGAGUAGGUAAUUAAUUAUUAACUAGAGAUGGAAAUCAUACCAUCGGUGAUUUUGAAAGGGUGCGAAGAAAACGGGAUGCCGGUGAUCGGAAUGGGCACAUCAGCUUACCCGCCGGCGGAUUUGGAGACAACAAAGGCGGCAAUAUUGGAAGCCAUAAAGGCAGGGUACCGCCACUUCGACACCGCCUUUGCGUACGGUUCGGAGAAGCCGCUAGGCGAAGCCAUCGCAGAAGCCUUGCGCCUCCACCUUAUAGAAUCGAGAGACGAACUCUUCAUCACUACCAAGCUGUGGGCUAGCUUUGCUCAUCCUAACCAGAUUGUCUCUGCUUGCAAAAUGAGCCUCCAAAAUCUACAAUUGGAGUAUGUUGACAUGUACCUGAUACAUUGGCCAGUGAGGUUGACUGAAAUGAUAAGGAAAACACCAGUUGACGUUGACCUUAUUAGGCCCUUAGAUGUGGAAGGUGUUUGGCAAAGUAUGGAAGAGUGCAAGAUUUUGGGGCUCACUAAGUCAAUUGGUGUUAGCAAUUUCUCUUGCAAAAAAAUUGACCAAAUCCUCCAAAUUGCUAAAUUCCCUCCAGCCCUCAAUCAAGUGAGACUAUUCAUUAUUUAUCUUAGAUAA